GAAUAGAUAAAUCAAGAUUAAGUUCUGGCGGCAACGUUAACGGGCAUUGACAGAACAGCAAUGUACUCGUUUCUCGAUUGAUCACGAUAGACUAGACAAGUUAGUAAAAUGGGUAUUACCGGCUUAUUGCCGUUUUUAGAGAAGGCUUCUAAAAGGACUAAUGUCAGCGAUUUUUCUGGUGGCGUCGUUGCGAUCGACACUUAUUGCUGGUUACACAAAGGCGUAUUUUCUUGCGCUGAGAAAGUGAUGAUGGGGCAAACAACGAAUGCAUAUGUUUUAUAUUGUGCGAAAUUUAUAAAUAUGCUCUUGAAAUAUCAUAUAAAACCAAUCUUAGUAUUUGAUGGUCGACAGCUGCCUGCUAAAGAAAAAACGGAAAUUAAAAGGCGAGAGUCUAGACAAAUGAAUCGCCGCAAAGCAUUCGAGUUGAUAAAAAUGGGUCAGGAUGCUGAAGGAAAGAAUUUGUUGAAACGAGCUAUAGAUAUUACUCAUGAAAUGGCAUUAGAAUUAAUUAAGUAUUGCCAAAGUGAGAAUAUUGAUUGUAUUGUAGCUCCUUAUGAAGCUGAUGCGCAAUUGGCAUAUUUAAAUAUUAGCGGCAUAGCUGAUCUUGUUAUUACAGAAGAUAGUGAUUUGACAUUGUUUGGAUGUAAAAAAAUAUUCUUCAAAAUGGACUUAAAUGGAAAUGGAGUUUUAAUUGAACAAGACCGAUUACACUUGGCAAUGGAUAUGCGACCUGAACAAUUCAACAUGGAUAAGUUUCGUUACACUUGUAUUUUGUCUGGUUGCGAUUAUCUUCCUUCCCUUCCUGGUAUUGGUUUGGGAAAGGCACGAAAAUUUAUCAUGAAAAAUACAGAUUCUAAUAUACAUAGGGCAUUAAUACGUGUGGGAUCGGUUCUCAACAUGAAAUCGCUAGAAAUGACCCAGGAAUAUAGGGACGCUUUUAUAUUAGCGGAUAUCACGUUUAAACAUCAAUUGGUAUUUUGUCCAUUACAAAGGAAACAGGUACGCUUGAAUUUGCCCUCAGCUGAUAUUACUGAAGAUCAAUUACGUUAUGCCGGCCAAGAAUUAGAUGCGGAUCUUGCUUUACAACUGGCUCUUGGUAAUUGCGAUCCGUGCACUUUAAAAAUGCUUCAUGAUUUUAAUCCAGAUAAAAUUGAAAGAAAAAGGAAGCGAACUACGGAAAUGGGACGAUUAACAAUGAAUCAUGUUAGUAUUUGGUCAAGCGAAUAUGAGUUGAAAAAUAAAUCGAAAGAGAAAAGUCAGACAUUAUUUUUUGGAAAUGCAAUGAAUUCGUUUAUUACUACUGCAAGAAAACAGACUUCGCAAAGGGUCUCUUUGAAGGAUGAGUUUGUUCCAUCGAAAUCGGAUAAUAGUUUAGCCACGUGGCGCGAUAAUGCUUCAGAGCAUCAGAAUGUAAACGAAAAUAUUUUAGAUAUCUAUAAUUGUCAAGAUGCAAAAUUAAUUGCCAGUCCUGAACAAAAGCCAGAACAAACUUUGUAUUUAGAAAACAAUACAUCACCAGAGCUAUCCAGACAACGAAAUCCGUUUGUUAAACGAAUAUCGGAACUCACGACUUCACCUAGUGUUCUAUCCAGCGGAAAUUAUCGCCAAAGAGGAAGAAAUUUAAUGCGCAUAAGGCGAACUAUUAUAAAUGAGAAUACUAUAGUAGAAAGCAGAUAUUUCUCGAAGAAGGAUAACGAAGAGCACGACGCAGUCAAGUUAGAGAAUAGCAUUGAAGACAUUAACUCAGAAAGUUUAAAAAGUAAUAUAAUUGCAGAUGUGAACACUGAUGUACACAAUAUAUAUAGAAGUCACGAAGAAGCAGGCUUUGCAGAAAAUGCUGUCGCAUCAAAAAAUCUCAGUGAGGCUUUCUCCACGGAUCAUAAUGAAUCUACAACUGAGUACGAAAAUGUAUACGAAAAGUCAUAUUCUGACGAUAGGAUAACCGAAAUAUCGUCAACAAUACAAUGUACAAAAAUUAAUGAUAGUUAUGACUUAGAUAAUUUAUUAGUAUCGUCGAGUUCAAAUGUAAAACCUGUUGAUGAUUUAAUUAAUCACGAGAACACAGGUAAUUUGCAAGAUUUGCGUAAAUGGUCUAGUACGAAAAGUUGUAAAGUCGUUUCGCAUAAAAAAAUAGAAAAUUCCAAAAGACAGAGCACAUCAAAUCUGACAUCACCUAAGAGUAACUCUGUGAUAAAACAAACACGGCAAAAUAAACGGUUGGCAUCAAAUCUUAGCCAACAAAGUUUACUAAGUAUGUACGGGUUUCAAAAAAGAUUUAAGAUACGGAUAACUUCCAAAGCUGCCACGAUGAUGACACUGAUCAUAGCUAUUUUGAUUCUGUUACUAAUUUUUAUUGCAUUGAACAAACGGAGAAGAGCAAAUUUUCCACCAGGUCCUUUUCCCUGGCCAUUUGUCGGCAAUCAAUCUUAUUUGAAAGAAUUAAGCCAAAAAUUCGGUGGGCAGCAUCGCGCUUUCUUAGAACUUAGUAAGCUUUAUAACAGCGGCAUCAUAUCCUUACGAUUAGGCAAUGAUGACGUCAUUGUUGUUACUGAUAAUGAACUUAUACUAAAAGUGCUUAACAACGAAGAGUACGAUGGGCGUCCCUGGAAUGAAUUUACGAAGAUCCGGAACAUGGGCAUGAAAAAAGGAAUUACAAUGAAUGACGGCUUAGAGUGGAAGGAAUUGCGUCAUUGGACGGUGCGGAAUUUGAGGAACGUCGGCUUCGCUAAACGGAAAAUGGAAGAACUACUUUUGGACGAAUUGGUUAUUGUUAUAGAUAAGCUGAAGCAACAUAAUGUGCUUAGAAUAAAACUCGCGGUUGAAACGGCUGUAAUAAAUGUCCUAUGGAAGCUACUUACGGGACAACAAAUCUUCAUCAAUGCAAACCCGCAAGAUUUCAUCACAUUAUUAGAACGCCGUGCGAAAGCCUUUCAGUUGGGCGGUGGAGUCUUCUCCUCUUUUCCAUGGCUCCGUCACAUCAUGCCCAAAGCUAUGGGAUACAAUAUCAUCUAUUCUUUAAACAAAGAGUUGAAAAGUUUGUUAAUGACCACCAUCGAAGCGCACAAACAGCGGUACACCAAGGGAGCUGAAGAGGAUUUUAUCGACUUAUUUCUUCGCGAGAUGGUAACGAAGGAGACAAAGACGGAAGUUCCUAUAUUUACAGACGAUAAUCUGCUUGUUACGCUGAUCGACUUUUUCAUUGCUGGUACUAACAAUACAACGUCAACGUUGGAUUUCCUCUUUUUCCAUAUGGUCAAGCACCAAGACGUGCAAGAGAAAUUGCACAAAGAGAUCGACAACGUGAUAGGUUCAGAACGACUUCCACGUUUGGAGGAUAGAAUUAAUAUGCCCUUCACGGAAGCUGUACUGACUGAAUGCCAACGGAUGUGGGUCGUUACGCCUAUAAUUGGACCGAGACGUGUCCUCGCUGAUACAACUCUCGGAGGUUACACGAUACGAAAGAAUACAAUCGUUCUAAUGGAUAUAUUUGCUAAUAACAUGGAUUCAAAAUUAUAUUCUGACCCGACUUCGUUCAAACCAGAAAGGUUUAUUAAGAAUAAUGCUUAUCAGUCGGACGAUAACGUCAUAACAUUCGGCAAAGGGAAAAGAAGAUGUCCCGGAGAAGCAUUAGCAAAAUCGGCCAUCUUUCUACUUUUUGUUGGUGUGAUGCAAAAGUAUCGACUACUUCCACCACCAGAUAAAGAAUCUCUAGAACUAGAGAUAAUUUUCGGGUUGACAAUCAUGCCAAAGCCGUAUAAAGUCUUACUUGUACCGCGAUAAUAUUGUAAAGAUAUGAUAUAUUAAAUAUGAUAUAUCUGUUUUCUUUCUUAUUUAAUUUAUAAGUUUGAUCAUGAAAUAAAAUUUUUCAUCUUUUAGAUAUA